AAUCAACUUCCGGUAUAUCAACUCCUGCAAGUGCCGGUUGAUCGAUCUAUCCUGGUAGGAAAGGACACGUUCUUAUUCUCCUUUAAUCGCACUACAGCUUUGUGAGAUUAUAGAUACACAGAUAUAUAAAAGCGACUGGAGACAUUUGAACAAAUCGGUUCUCAAACCCUUUCAAGUUCAAGUCGUCAUUUGCUAUCUAGCAACGUUUAAUCAUGCUGCUACGUAAAGUCACUCAAAAUGCAGCGCUGUGUAACGCUGUGCUUCGCCUACCACAAUCCGUGUCAGGGGCACAACGCCAUGCAGGAGCUGUCCUAGCUGUGCAACGUCUGCGUCCUUAUGUUAGCCAAAGUGCUGAGGUGGUGUUGGAGAAGUCCGCAGCCGCCACUGAUGUUGCCACCGAGGCUGGAGGAGUGGACAAGAAGGCUGCCAGUGUGGAGUCAAAAUCCUUUGCUGUGAACAUGUUUAAAGGGCAGAUCAGUACCUCACAGGUGUUCCCCUUUCCCACAGUGCUGAAUGAGGAGCAGUCUGAGUUUCUCAGGGAGCUGGUGGGACCUUGUUCGAAGUUCUUUGACGAGGUAAAUGACCCUGCCCUGAAUGAUCAACUGGAGAUGGUAGAGGAAAAAACCUUGGAGGGGCUGAAGGAGAUGGGAGCUUUUGGCCUGCAGGUUCCUGCUGAUCUGGGUGGCGUGGGCCUCAACAACACACAGUAUGCCAGGCUGGUGGAGAUUGUGGGCAUGCAUGACCUGGGUGUGGGCAUCACUCUUGGAGCGCACCAGUCCAUCGGCUUUAAGGGCAUUCUCCUCUUCGGCAACAAGCAACAGAAAGAGAAGUACCUUCCCAAGCUGGCCUCAGGUGAAACAAUCGCUGCAUAUUGUCUGACUGAGCCAUCUAGUGGUUCGGAUGCUGCCUCUAUCAGGUCUGUUGCUGUUCCCUCACCCUGUGGAAAGUACUUCACCCUCAGUGGAAGUAAAAUUUGGAUCAGUAAUGGAGGCCUGGCUGAAAUCUUUACUGUAUUUGCUAAGACUCCAGUGAAAGAUGAGAAAACUGGAGAAGUGAAGGACAAGAUCACUGCAUUCAUUGUUGAAAAAAGCUUCAGAGGAGUCACACAUGGCCCUGCCGAGAAGAAGAUGGGCAUCAAGGCCUCAAACACAGCAGAGGUGUACUUUGAGAAUGUGCGUGUUCCGGCCGAGUGUGUACUGGGAGAAAUCGGCGGAGGAUUUAAGGUGGCCAUGAAUAUCCUUAACAACGGGCGCUUUGGCAUGGCUGCAGCACUCUCGGGAACCAUGAAGGGUGUUCUCGCUAAAGCGGUGGACCACGCUGCCAACAGAACACAGUUUGGUAACAAAAUCCACAACUACGGAGUCAUACAGGAGAAAAUGGCCAGAAUGGCCAUGAUGCAGUAUGUUGCAGAGUCUAUGGCCUACAUGGUCAGUGGGAACAUGGACAGUGGAGCAACAGAUUUCCAGAUCGAGGCUGCGAUCAGUAAAAUCUUUGCCUCUGAAGCAGCAUGGACUGUGACAGAUGAGUGUAUUCAGAUUAUGGGUGGAAUGGGUUAUAUGAAGGACGCUGGUGUCGAGAGGGUCAUGCGAGACCUGCGAAUCUUCCGUAUCUUUGAGGGCACCAACGAUAUUCUACGACUCUUUGUGGCGCUCAACGGCUUCCAGAAUGCAGGAAAUCAACUGAAGAACUUAGAAAAAGCUCUGAAAAGUCCAUUCAGCAAUGCCGGUUUAUUGGCUGGGGAGAUCACCAAACGUGCCAAAAGGAAGGCUGGCAUGGGUACAGGCCUCACGCUGCAGGGAAGUGUCCAUCCAGAACUGGCCCAUAGUGGUGCUCUGGCAGUUAAAGCCAUCGAGCAGUUUGGAGAGGUGAUUGAAGAACUGCUUCUAAAGCAUGGCAAGAGGAUCAUUGAUGAGCAGUUUGUGCUGAAAAGAGUUGCAGACUGUGCGAUUGACUUGUAUGCUAUGGUUGUGGUGCUCUCCAGGGCUUCCAGGUCUUUGAGUCAGGGUCACUCAUCUGCUCAGCAUGAGAAGAUGCUUUGUGAAACCUGGUGCACUGAGGCUCAUGAGAGAAUCAUGCAGGACAUCAAGUUCUUGCGGUCAGGUACAUCCAAGCAGAUCUUCAAGAACCUGCGUGCCAUUUCUGCAGCUGUGGUAGAGAACGGAGGGGUGGUUUCUCCUCAUCCCUUGGGCUUUUAAAAAUCACUUUCCUCUUUCUUACUGCCAUCAGCCAGUCGUAAUCAAACCUUCUUUUAGACAUAAGAUUUCAUACGACUGCUGACAGCUCAUUGCUGUCAAGCUGGGUGAGUGGAGGGAAUUGUACAACUGUAAGACUUGCCAGUAUCAGUCAGUAAAGUUCAUUGCUGAUCCUAUAUA